AAAAAAGAUAUAAUAGCUAUUCAGAAAAAACUUGGUAUUAACAAUAAUAUAAAUCAAACGGCAAUGUCAGAGAGUAAGAAAGUGAAAGAAUUUGCUGAUUCAUAUGAAUUGCUGUUAGAAUUG